UAUCGUACCCAUCGUCAUGGCGUCGACUCAGACAGCCUGCGUCACACGGUUGCUAUGGAGAUGACCCAGCCUCCGCCCUCCCUGGACUGGCGGGAAAAGGGCGUGGUCACGCCUGUGAAGAACCAAGGAAUGCUGGGAAAAGUCAUGGCAUUCGCAAUCACAGAGUCACUGGAAUCGUUACACGCUAUCCAGACCGGUAAGCUGAUAGAGCUCAGCGCGAGGGAGGUGUCGGAUUGUUGCCCGGAUGUUGAAUUUGCCGCCGGUUAUGAUUGCGUCAUCAACAGGACGAAGGGACUGUGCAGUGCCGCGGACUACCCGGCACAGCCAGCCGGACAGUGCAACGCACGUCUGUGUAGUGCAGCUGCAACGUGUCAGAACACAGUUCACGUCCUCCCUAACCACGAGUCAGUGGACAUGGUGCACGCGGUGUCCACGACUCCUGUGGUGGUGAUAGUGGACGCGAGUCUGACGUCAUUCAUGACGUACACCAGUGGUAUCUAUGACGACCCGGACUGUUCCUCAACCCAGCAGGACCACGCCCUGGUUGUGGUUGGUUACGGAAGUUUUCAGGGGAAAGAUUACUGGAUCUGUCGCAAUUCUUGGGGCACGGCAUGGGGAGAGUCCGGCUACAUCCGCAUUGCGCGAGGGAAGAACAUGUGUGGGAUAGCUGAGAGGGUCUUCUAUCCCGCAUGAGGGCGCUGUUAUGCACGGGAAACUCAACUAGACAUCUUCAAAUACAAUUCAAUCUCUACAA